AGCCCUCCUCAGCCGGAACGCGGGAACGCGGGAACGCGGAGCCACGGGAAGGCCGGACCUUUGCGCGGCGCACGGCGGGACGGACAGCCAAGGGUGUGCGCCCGGAAGGAGCCGGUCGGCUGCCAGAGGGGCCAUGGCUGUCGCAGCGCUGAAAGCUUCCGCCCGCGCUCUGCGCUCGGGGAGCUGGCUUCUGGGAACUUGGCAGACACAGAUUAGAGACACCCACCAGCGAGCUUCAUUAUUUUCCUUCUGGGAACUCAUUCCCAUGAGAGCAGAGCCUCUGAGAAAGAAGAAAAAGGUAGAUCCUAAAAAAGACCAAGCAGCAAAGGACCGUUUGAAAAAGAGAAUCAGACGACUGGAGAAAGCUAGCCAGGAGCUAAUCCCCAUUGAAGAUUUUAUAACACCUGUGAAGCUCUUGGAUAAAGCAAGACAGCGGCCUCACAUGGAGCUUCCUUUUGAGGAGAGUGAGCGGAGAGCUCUGCUUCUGAAGAAGUGGUCCCUGUACAAGCAUCGAGAGCAUGAGAUGGAGAGAGAUGCCAUCAGGUCCAUGCUUGAGGCCCAACAGGAAGCUCUGCAGGAGCUGCAUGUCCUGUCCCCAGAGCUACAUGCGGAGGCCACCAAGCGGGACCCCAAUUUAUUCCCCUUUGAAAAAGAAGGGCCAGAUUACACGCCACCAGUCUCCAACUACCAGCCCCCUGAAGGCAGGUACCAUGACAUCACCAAGGUGUACACACAGGUGGAGUUUAAGAGGUAGAGCUGUAGGCUGCCUUUAGAGCCAGAACAGGACUCAAGCACGUUGUGAAUAAAUGUUUAAUCAAGUGUC